ACGUGGGCGGCGCUGGGCGGUGGGCCGGGGUGCCGGGCGGAGUGGUGACCCCGGGGGGGUCUCUUCCAAACGCUGUGCCGUGUGAGCGGGUGCGGAGAUGGGUUGGGGGUCGGGGAGGUUUUUUCCAGCUGCAGUGAAUCGCAGGUGGCACGUGGGGACAUCCCGGGACUGUGCACGUGUGGGACACUGUGGUGGGGCUGGAUGGUCCUGGAGGCCUUUUGCAAUCUUUGUGGCUCUCAGAGUUGGCACGAUGGGAUGGGAUGGGAUGGGAUGGGAUGGGAUGGGAUGGGAUGGGCUGAUGGGUGGCUGGUCGUUGGAGAGGUGAUCUUCCAUCCUCGAUGAUCCUCUGAUGAUGCGGAGGGGGCGGUGGUGGGACCUGGUGAUCUCAGAGGUCUUCUUCAACCUGCAUGGUUCUAUGGAACUCGGGGUGGUGGGGAUGGCUGGGCGUCAUCCCAGAGGUCUUUUCCAACCUUCGUGGUUCUGUCAUUCUGUAAUUCUCAGGGUGGGGGGGUGGAGGUGGGUCACGGUGGGACUUGAUGGUAGUGGAGGUCUUCUCCAACCAGAAAGAUUCGAUGGCUGUAAGAGCAGGCAUGGUGGGGACGGGUUGGUGGUCGGACGAGACGGUCCUUUUUGCUCCAAGCUCUGCGAUUCUGCAGCCCCGUGACUCGUGCUGCAGCCCCUCCCGGGGUCGGGCACAGAACGGGGUUGGGACGACGCGGGGUCACAAGGAGCAGCGCUGCCGCGGCCCCCCAGCCCGUGCCUCCCCACGCAGGUGCAGGAGUGGAACGUGGAACCCCCCCACCUGAUGCCUCUGCAGCCACCGCUGCUCCCGGAGCGGGCGCACGUGAGGGAGGCACAGCUGCACUCAGCCGAGGCGUCGCUGUGGACGGUGGUGGCCACGGUGCAGGCGAUGGAGAGGAAGAUCGACCUGCUGGCCACCCGGCUGCUCAGCCUGGAGGGCCGCUCGGGAACGGCCGAGAAGAAACUCCUGGACUGUGAGAAAACUGCCAUGGAGUUCGGCAACCAGCUGGAGAGCAAAUGGGCCGUGCUGGGCACCCUCAUCCAGGAGUACGGGCUGCUGCAGCGGCGGCUGGAGCACGUGGAGAACCUGCUGAAGAACAGGAACUUCUGGGUGCUGCGCCUGCCCCCGGCCCCGCGGGGAGGUGCCCCGGAGGAGUGGAAGAAUUUGGAGGAGUGGCAGAAGGAGCUGUACAACAACCUGGUGAAGGAGAACUACGAGUCGCUCAUCUCCCUGGAUGCAGCACUGUCCAGGAGUGACACACAGCCCCGGCUGGAGCGUGGGGACGUGCCCUGCGUGCCCGAACAGCAGGACCUGGAGCAGCGCGAGAUGCCGGCAGAUGCCUGUGCGGCCCGGCGCCGGCCAAGUCUCUCCUUGUGCACAGAGCCACUGAUCUCCACUUCCGACAUCCUGUCCCGGAUCAAGCAGGAGGUGGCAUUUGUUGGGGAGCAGCAGUUUGGGGAGGACCGGGGGAUGCCCACCGACCCCUGUGCAGGUGCAGACGCCCUGAUCACAGCUCACGACUUCUUGUCGUGGAUCAAGCAGGAGGAGGAACCGUGCGUCAGGGAACCCUGGGAGCUGCCAGAGAGGGAAAUCCUGCCCGGUCCUGUGCCUGGUCCUGGCCCCGCCGGUGAGGGGCUGCUGGUGAAGAUGGAGGAGCAGCGCUGUCCCCGCGCCGAGCCCCCCGAGGAAGUGCUGCCGGGCGCCUCGGGCGAGCUGCUCUUCCCAUGCGGCCGAAAGGACGGGGAGGGGAGCGGAGCCGCCGCGGAGAGCGAAGACGGCGGUGUCUGUGUUAAGGAGGAGGAAGAGCCGUGCGCAGCAGCGCAGGAGGAGCUGGAGGCUGCGGGAGCGGAGCGGGAGCCGUGCCCAGAGCCAGCAUUCUCUGAGCCUGAAGCUUCAGGUGAGACCAAGAGAGGCACGGAGGUGUACGGCAGGGAGCUGCCUGGCACAACGCAUGAAGACCUACAAGGAGACACCGAGUCUCAGAGCUGUGUGACUGCGGUCUUGUCGUGGAUUAAGCAAGAGGAGGAGCCGCACUGCCCCGAGCAGCAUGGCUCAGAGAAAGAAGAAAUCCCUGCAGAGCCAAGUGCAGUGCAUGAUGAGAACAGAAGGAGGGACUCCCUGGCUGACAGCUUUGUAAGCACGAUGUGUGACUCCAACAUGCUGGAGAGACCUGAGGAGAAGUUUCACGAGGAUCCCAGCUCUGCCCUGACGUGGGACAGUCAGUGGAGCACAGAAAUGAUGGAAACAGCCACCAGCAGGAAUGGCUUUUUGGGUGAUGCUCAGUACAACCGAGCCUUUGCUGAACAACUGGAUCUCUUUAGUGCUCAGCAAAAUGAUGUCAGAAAGAGAUUGUGCGUGUCCAGCAGGUGUGAGAGGAACUAUAUCCAGCAGGAGCAUCUUCCAACUCUGCAGGGAGCCCAGGAAGAGCUGCUGCCAGUCCCCAAGUGUGAGAACAGUCCCAUCGAGGCGGCCUUCCAGCACUCAGUGGAUGCUGCAGGGGAGAAGCUGGAAGGGCUGCCAGCCAAGCUCGUGCCAAGCAGUGCAGGUAGAACCAGGCUUUGUGAGCACAACGGCCAUUGCAAAGAGGAGCGGCCGUCGAUGGGGAGUGGAGGGAAGCUCCCUGCAGAGAAUUUGCUACCCAGCCGCUGCGAGGCCGACCCACGGGACGUGUUGGAGGUGCCCAGGGGUGGCUUAGCGAGCCAACAGCAGAGCCAGGGCAGAGGGAAGUCCUACAUAUGCAAUGACUGUGGGAAAAGCUUUGUUUGCCACUCCUGGCUUGUCCGACACCAGACUUCUCACACGGGUGAGAGGCCCUACAAGUGCUCCGAGUGUGACAAAAGCUACAGGAGGAAGGAUUAUCUCUUAAAACAUCUGCGCCGCCACUCGGGAGAGGGGCUUUUCCCAUGCCACCUCUGCAGCAAAAGGUUCGUACUCAGGAGGAGUUUAAUUAAGCACCAGGAAAGCCACGUGCAGAGAACACAUCAGACUGCCAGCUGGCCCUGCACAGAAAUCAGGGAAUCCGUGCUGCACUCCAGAUAGAAAAUCCUGCCCUGCUGUGGGCAGCCAAGCAGGCGCACAGCGGGGUCUUCCAGCUCAGCACUGAGCUGAGGUGGCUGUUGGAUGGCAGCUCCCUGCAUGGGGAGGGGAGAACAUUGGUGUUUAUUUUCCACAGAGUGCAUUGAGGCGGUCCCUGGAGCUGCCUGACAGCAGGGCACUUGGACUCGACGGUCUUCAGAGGUCUCUUCCAACCCUAAGGAUUCUGUGAUUCUAUGCCUGGCUAUGGGAUAUGCAGGAAGUCUGCAGCGCUCACAGCUCCUGAACUCUCCCCGGAGAGAAGAAAUGCCAACACAGAGCGCUGUCUAAUGCUUCGGGCUGGAGGACACCCAAAAUGUCAUCCCAGGGUAUCUCAGAGUCUGGGAACGGAUCUGUAAGUGGCUCCAAUAUCCUGUACUGAGCACAGGGAGCCGUGUGAGCUGAGGAGGGCUGCGUUCCACCUCGUGUGGUGGUGCUGGGAGUCCCCGUGUGACCCCACAGCACGCUGUGCCUUCUGGGCAGCCUUCAGGUGCUUCUCCGUUGUGCUUUGCCGCGCUGUCGCAGCUCUGGAUGGUUUUGUGCAACUUUCUGAGUCCUGAUAACAGGCAGUGUUAAUGUUUGUAGAACGUC